UAUUAAGUUGAAGCCUAUUGAGUUGAGUUUGGGCAAUAUGAUUGGCAACCAUAUUCACUAGAUCAUGGCUGUGAUAAGUUGUGUGGAUUUUUCUCCAAUGCAGAAUGUGGGUAUGGUGUUAGGACAGAUGUAGUUUUAGUGGCAAAAAUGUCCAAGUGGGUUUCGAAGAUUAAGGGGCUCUUCUCCUCUCGAACUCUGGCUGGGGUUGAUAAGGCUGGUAAUCGAUACUUCUCUAGAACAGAACAAAUUGAUGGCAUGAUGAAAGAAAAGAGAAUCGUGAUAUUUAAAGGCGAAGAGGAUCCUACUAGCCUUCCUGUUGAAUGGAUAUGUUGGUUGAGUGGGCAAAGGAAGAAGGCUCCAACUCCUGAGGAAAUGAUUGAACUAGAGGCAAAACGUGAACGUGUGAAAAUGAAUGUUGCGAUGUUGAAGAAAGAAGAAGAGAAAAGAAUAUUGAGUGGUACUGGACUUCAGAAAAGCUCAGGUAAAAUUGAUGCUCCGGACCUAAAAAGUUUCAUUCAGCAGUUUCGAGAUGCUUCUUUUGAACAAACAGAAGGUAAUGAAUCUGAGACAAUAACAGAUGAUUCAGAUGAAAUGGACAGAGACCCCAGCACAAUCAGGACUACAGAACCAACAGGCUCUGGUGCAUCGUUCACACCAGGAACAUGGCAGCCACCUAGUUGAGGUUUGAAUGGCUAGUUAUUCAAUAUGCUAAUUGAGGUACCUUUUUCCCCAACAUGCACAUUCAAAUUUCUUUCAUUCACGAUCAACUCAGAGGGAGAAUCAGAUUCUGUUAUGUUGGGUCUCUAAUGUACGCGAUCAGCACACACCAUUUCCUAGCUGAGCUACACAGUCUUUUAUGACCCUUCAUUUUGGGGUUUUGAUGGACUGGUGUCUUGAUACGAGGUGAGCACUGGGAACAUGUGAAUGGAAUGUGUAGAGAUCCAGAACGCCUAGCAAGUAAAUUCUUUCUGCCAAUUGCUAGAAAGGUUUAGAGCUCAAAACUCUUUGUGACGUCGAUUUGCUGAUUUUGAAUGUCAUAGUUAUCUUAGUUUGAAUUCUGAAUGUUAUGUCAUACAAUUGCUUUUAAGUGAACCACAAAUUGUAUUUAAUUUGUAUUAAAAAAGGGAAAGUAACUCUCUUUUCUUCUA